AUGUCUGUUAAUGUUUUUGAAUCACUUGUAAGGUUACCUCCGGAUGCAUUGUUUGACUUGAAGAGGAGGUAUACUGCAGAUAAGCGUGACAAUAAGGUUGAUUUGGGUAUUGGCGCCUAUAGAGAUGACAAUGGUAAGCCCUGGGUGCUUCCUUGUGUUGCGGCUGCCGAGAAAAUGAUCCACGAAGACCCGGAUUUCAACCAUGAAUAUUUAGGUAUCGCUGGUUUGAAUAGUCUUACUACCGCUGCUGCCAAGGUGUUGUUGGGCUCUGAUUCUGAGGCUUUAACAGAAGAACGUGUUGUAUCUGUUCAGACUUUAUCUGGUACUGGUGCUCUACAUACUGCUGCUAGAUUGAUUUUGGCCGCUAGACCUGAUGCUGUAGUCUAUGUUCCAGACCCUACCUGGGGAAACCAUUUCCCUAUUUUCAACACGCAGGGGUUGAAGACAGAAACAUACCCAUAUUGGGACAAGUCUACUAAAUCUUUGAACAUGAAGGGUUUACUUGCUACUAUUUUGCAAUCUCCAGAAGGGUCUGUCUUCUUAUUGCACACCUGUGCCCAUAACCCAACCGGAAUGGACCCUACUAGAGCUGAAUGGGAACAAAUCAUCCAAGCGUUGGCAGAUAGAGGACAUAUGGUUCUGUUUGACACUGCUUAUCAAGGUUUUGCUUCCGGAGAUUUGGACAAUGAUGCAUUCUCUCUUCGUUUCGGAGUUAGCAAAUUGGCAUCCAAAGCACCUGUGCUAGUCUGUCAAUCGUUCGCCAAGAACGUCGGAAUGUAUGGUGAACGUGUUGGCGUAUUCCACGUUGUUAUGCCAAGAGCAGACACCCCAAAGACCACAGCCAGCUCCAAAGCGACACUAACUUCUCAGUUAAACCGUAUUACUCGUUCUGAAUGCUCUAAUCCUCCUGCAUACGGAGCUAAAAUCGUCUCUGAAAUCCUCAACACUCCAGAAUUGACUGAACAGUGGAAGAGUGAUAUGGUAACCAUGUCUACUAGAAUUAAGAAGAUGAGGCAUAUGCUAAGGGACAAGUUACUUGCGCUACGUACCCCAGGUAAUUGGGAUCAUAUAGUUGAACAAUGCGGGAUGUUUUCAUACACUGGAUUGUCCAAGGAGAUGGUGGAAAAGCUAGAAAAAGAACAUGCUGUCUACAUGGUUUCAAGCGGAAGAGCUUCUAUUGCCGGUAUUAACGAAAAUAAUAUUGAUCAUGUUGCUAGUGCUAUUCAUUCGGUCGUUUCUACCUUCUGUGCAUCAAAGCUAUAA